AUGAGCAGCAACUAAGUGUCUCUGGUUGGCCCCGCCCCCUGGGGCUUCAGACUGCAGGGAGGAAAGGACUUCUGUCUGCCCCUCACAAUCUCACGGCUGACCGAUGGGGGCAAGGCAGCCAAAGCCAGAAUGAGUGUGGGAGAUGUAGUUCUGUCGAUCGACGGCAUCGCCACCAACAGCAUGAACCACCUGGAGGCCCAGAACAAGAUCAAAGCCUGCACAGACGACCUCAACCUCACCCUGCAGAAAGCUUCCAGUGUCCCCAAGGCGGAUGCACCAAAGAACGAACCGCUGGAGAUCAUUAAGCCUGUGCCAAUCACCUACCCAGCCCCGCCAUCCACAUUCACCAGCCCCUCCCCUCAGCCCAGUGCUGCCUACAAUAAGACGGCCCGCCCCUUUGGCGGGGGCAGCAGUGUGGGUGUGGUAACUUCCUCCCUGACUGCCCCAAAAGUGGCCUCAAUCCCUUCUGCAUCAUCUGCUUUCACCCCCGCUGCCCCCUCCUCCCAGCAGCCCCAGCCUCCCUUCCCACUAGGCAGCCACUCCCGCUCUCCAGCCCCACCCAUCGCAGCCCCACCCACCAGACCCAGCUCUGGCCGUUCCCCCUUCACCACCCCCUCCUCGUCCUCCUCUUCCUCCCCGGCCAGAGUGACAGCCCCCUCCUCCAAUCCUGGUGCUCCGCAGUCCUCUUGCUAUAACACGCCCAUCAACCUGUACUCCAACGCCAACGCCUGUGAGGUGGCCAUAGGACAGAGGCGGGGCCUGUUGGAAGCCCAGGGUGUGGUAGUCGACCAGAUCAAAGACCAGUUCAACGGGAACAGAGUUGAACCAGAGUUGAACCAUGCCUCACCACUCAGCGAGGCCAGUAAGAAGCGUAUGAUCGAGGACACGGAGGACUGGCAUCCUCGCACCGGCACCUCCCAGUCCAGGUCCUUCAGAAUCCUGGCUCAGAUCACUGGCACAGAGAACGACCAAGCCCAGGAGAACAGCACUGGAAAGAAAGAAGUUGUUGAGGAUGCCCUGCCCAGUGCUCACGUCACAUCAGUGAAGACCAUGACCAAAGUCCCAGGAGCCUCCAGGAACGGUGUCCCCCCACCCACCUUCAAGACCCCCUCUGCCCAGGUCAAACCCUCCUGGCCAGCUGGAGGUUCAGCAGGUUUCCCUAAGGGUGGAGCGGCGCCCUCUUUUGGCCGGGUCAGCAACACUGCACCGGUACCCAAAGGUCCUGACCGCCCUGCUCCCCAGGCGCACCCCAAGGACCAGGACUCCCUGGUGCAGCGGGCCGAACACAUCGCAGCAGGAACACGCACACCCAUGUGUGGCCACUGUGACAAGGUCAUCAGAGGUCCGUUCCUGGUGGCCAUGGGCAUGUCGUGGCACCCUGAGGAGUUUAACUGUUCCCACUGCCACACGUCUCUGGUGGAGUCUGGCUUCGUGGAGGAGAGGGGAACAGUGUACUGUGCUCACUGCUAUGAAGAGUUCUUUGCCCCUACCUGCACCAGCUGCAAGCAGAAGGUCCUGGGGGAAGUCAUCAAUGCCCUGAAGCAGACCUGGCAUGUGUACUGCUUCCUGUGUGCAUCCUGCCAGCAGCCAAUCAGAAACAACACCUUCCACAUGGAGGACGGGCUGCCAUACUGUGAAAGAGAUUAUUACCAACUAUUUGGUACCAGUUGCCAUGGUUGUGACUUCCCCAUCGAGGCAGGAGACAAGUUUCUGGAGGCGUUAGGAUUCACCUGGCAUGAUACCUGCUUCGUAUGUGCAGUCUGCAGCACCAGUUUGGAGGGCCAAGCCUUCUUCUCUAAAAAGGACAAGGCCCUGUGCAAGAAACACGCCCACACAGUCAAGAUCUGACCCGCCCCCAGGAGUGAAGAACAGAGGAAAACGGAGAAAGAAUCUAUUCUAUCAGAUGUAGAUAUUUUUGGUAGUUUUAAAAGAUCGAUUUAUCUGAUGACAUUUAUUGACGGGAAUAUAAGCUUUAUAUCUUAUUUUGGUCAAACAAAGUGCAUGAAGGAAGGUAUCAUUUUUCGUGAAAUCUCAAAUUGAAAUGUUCUAGAGCUUGUCUAUACUGUAGUUAGGUGAACAGACAUGUAUAAGGUAGAUACUCAAGUACCGGCCGGGGCCAUAUCUGGCUCAUGACAUUUCCUGUAGCCCUCAACAUUAAUUAAUGUAAUAAAUCCAAAAUCCACUACAUACUGUAUGAUCCCAUAUAAUUGAUGUAGUUAAGUUAAUUAAAGUGUUAUGUUGGUAGAUGAAUGGGACCUUAUAAAAUGAGCUUGAAUCCAUUGACAGAUUAAAAUCGAACUGUUACCUUAUUGAGGAUGAUUAGAGCACCCAAACCCAUUUAUUUUCUUUCUCCCUCCCCCCCCCGAAUGGUUGGGUCAGUAGACACAUGUAUGUAUCCUGGUAGUAUAUUUAUUGGGGCUGGUGGGAUGUACUUUAUUUUGGGAUUUAUAGGGGCAGUUGCACAUAGUGGUUCACUGUCAUUUUAUGAGAAGUAGGGAUUUUCCAUGUUUAUCGUUCAAUGUAUGUAUUUAAAACAUAUUUUUGAGGAUUUACUGCCCAUUUAUUUAGAACCUAAACUUCGACCCCCCCACACCAGGUGCAUAUUUUAGUUUCUGCCCUAGCCCUACACAGCGAAUUCAAAUAAUGAAAGCUUGAUGGUGAGUUGGUUAUUUGAAUCAGGGCAAAAAAACUAAAUGGACACCUGGGGGGGUCAAGACCGAGUUUGGGGAAACCCUGGUCUAUGUGGUGUUUAUUGGUGUAAUUAAUUCCAUUCCCAAUCAUGUUUGUCAUUAUUAAUCAUCCAAACUUAGACUAAAAGUAAAAUAUCUUUGUCCAUAAAAUGUCAGUGUUGAAAAUGAUUUGUAUUAGAGCUCUGUGGGAUGGACACUGUUUUAUUGGGGAAUACAGUGCAUUGGUCUACUAUUUGUAAGAAAUAAAACUACGAUUCAA